UCUCUUUCCACUAAACAGCUCCAUCAGUUCCUCCUCUUCUCCCUCCCACUCCUCUCCUCCUCUCCCUGUCACUGCACUUCUCAAACUGAGGUGGGUCUUUUUAACACUCUCCCGCUCCUCUCUUUUACUCUUUACUGUCAGGACGUGAUGAGGUUAACAGCACUGUGCAUCUGUGGGACCCUGCUGGCCUUCUUCAGCCUCUCUUGGUGCAUGGCAGACUCUGAUGAAGAAGACCCCCUGGGGGAUUAUGGAUUUGGGCCCUGCGCUGCAACUUUGAGACCUGAGGGGCUGUGCAGACAGGGGCAGGAUGAGAGCACGUGUCCAUACCUUUUCAGUCUGCCUCCGCUAACUUUUCACUUGCCAAAGCAGCUCAGAGAUUUGGAGAAGAUCGUGGAGGAUCUGCAGACAUUGAAGGACAAUGUGGAUCAACUGAGGAGGAUGUGUGCAGAUUGUAAAGUAAGCCAAAGUGAGAGAGAAUGUGGGAGACAGAGAGAAAUGAAUGGGGGUGCAAAUAUAUAUGAGGAUGAGAGGAACUGGCUGAAUGAGAGAAACCCUGAGAGACUGAAAAAUGUCAGUCAAAAGUGUGGGACAGUCAGAACUAAAGAAGAAGGUAUGAUAGAGAAAGAUGGCAAUAUUGACUCUGAAAAAAGAACAACUUUGGAAGACAGAAAGGAACGGGACUCUAAAAGAGUGAACGAAAAAAUGGUUAUAAAAGAUAAUGAGGACGAAGUGGCAGAAAUAGAAGGAAAAACUCAGAUGAAAGGAACAGAAGAGAAGGACAUAUGGGGACAGGCAAAGGUGCCAACGACCAGUGAGGAUGACAGAAUAGUGGAUACUGUAGGAAUAAAAGUGGUUGAUAAUAACAGAUGGACAGUGACGGACAUAAGUAAAGAAAAAGAUAGGAAAGGGACUCUAAAAUUGGAUCAAGGGGGGAGUCUGGACAAAGGUAAGGAGAGGACAAUAUCAAGUAAUGUGGAAAACAAGAACAAAACACAAGACAGUGACCAUCGCGUGUGGCGGGAUGAGACAAAGGAAACAGGCACAAAGUCCCCAACUGAAAGGGACAGGGGUAGUGAUGAAAUAAAGAUGUCUGAGGAUCAUGAUGUGCAUACAAAUAAGGAGCAAGAGCAGCACAGGGAGGAGAGGAGAAAGGAAAUGGAAAAGGGAAUAAAAGUGGAGCAAAAUAAUGAGAGGCCAAAACAGACUGAGAGCAUCGGGCAUGCAGAAAAAGAGAGGACUAUAAAAGAGGGGGAGGUGAAGGAAACAGGAGAGGAGAUCAGAACAGUAAGAGAAAAAGCGGUCCAAAGUGCACAGAGAGACGGUGAUGGAGAAUUAGAGUCAAGCAAGUCAACCGAGGGGACAGACUUUGUUUCCAUCAGCCCGACUGACUCUAUCAUUAGUGUAGCUCCGAGGCAUGGCUCCACGGACUUGAAUGAAGCUAUAACCAUUACGUCAUCUCUUCCAUCCCCUCCUUUGUCAAGCUCCACUCCACGUCUGAUCAUAGAUGUUGAUCAAGACAAGACAAUAUCUGCUGAUGGACUUCCAACCCAAAGCACAGGUUUAGGAGCAGGUGAUAUUCCUGAAAAGCAGAGCGCUGGGAGCACCAGUAGGCCAACAACAGAAACUACAAUAAGCACAAUGGAUGACUUUGGACAACAGAUAUCAAGUACUACUUCUUGGUCAACAUAUGCAACCAACCUGAUGCCCAAAUCAGACUCCACAGAUGUUGAUAGUUCAACAAAAAUGACUAAAAAGAACAUCAGCACAAUCACUGAUGGUGGUGUUAAACCUCUGCCAGGCCAGGCAUUAAAACCAAAUGAAAGACAGAAACCUGGAAACAAACCUAAAGCAGACCGAAAGCUUAAAAAUCUAGAGAAUGAUCAAAGGCCUGACCGAACUAAUUUUCCAGACAAGUCAACAAAAUAUGAACAAAAGAAAAAGCCUUCAAAUCAACAACCAACAACUGACCAGAAACUUGCACCUGGUAAAGACCCCAAACGGAUCCAGAGUCAAAAACCAGACAAGGUACGUCCAACUGAUACAACUCCCACCAAUGAAAAUUUAGAAAGCAUUCAAAUAUCCAAACAUGACCAAGAACAUACAACAAUUCGGAACCAGGUUCCAUUCGGGAAGCCAAUAUCUCGUCAAAAGUCUGUCAGUCCCAGCAAAAGACCUCAACUUAUAAACACAACUCGUUCCAGCAAAGACACUCCGGCUCAGAACAAGAGACUGGCUCAUCCAAUCCAAACCAUAAAGCCUGACCAAAACCAAAAACCCAACAAAGGGCGGCCAGACAGUGGAGGACACCCACAACCAGAUAAAAAGCCUAAAUUUAAGCAGAAUUUCACACGUGUUCAUCAACCAGAAGAGAAAAGAAGUGAAAUAACAAGACUCGCACCGAAAUCUGACAAGAAACUAGUUCCCCCAACCCAAACCAACAAGCCUGCCCAAAAACAAAAAUCCAACAAAGACCAAGAAAGGGGAGAAAACCCAAAACCUGAUCAAAAGCCUACAACUAACCAGCAAAUAAUAUCUGUUCAUGAACAGGAAAGAAGUGAAAAAACAAGCAUCACACCAAAACCUGACAAGAAAUUGGUUCCUCUAAUCCAAACUACCGAGCAUGACCAAAAACAAAUAGUCAACAAAGAGUCAGAAAAAGGAGAAAACCCAAAACCAGAUAAAAGGCCGACUUUUGACCCAAAUUUCACAACUGUUCAUGAACGUGAAAGUGAACCAGAAAGAAUUGACACAAGCCUGACACCAAAACCUGACAAGAAACUUAUUCCUUCAAUCCAAACGGACAAACCUCAACCGAAUCAAAGACCCAACAAAGGGCCAGCAACUGGAGAAAACCUCAAACCAGGUCAAAGGCCUACAACUUACCAGCAACAUACACCUGGUCGUGAACAUGAGGAGGAAAGAAUUUUUACAGACCUGACACCAAAACCUGACAAGAAACUGGUUCCUCCAAUCCAAACCAACAAGCCUGACCAAAAACAGAAACCCAACAAAGGACUGCCAGAAAGUGGAGAUAACCAAAAGCCAGGUCAAAUGCCUACAUUAGACCGAAAUUUAACACCUGUUCAUGGACAGGAAAGUGAACAGGAAAUAACUGAUACAUCAAACCUGACACCAAAACCUGACAAGAGACUGGUUCAUCCAACUCAAACCGACAAGCCUAACCAAAAACAAAAACCUAACGAAGAGCCAGAAAGUGGGGAAAACCCCAAACCAGGUCAAAGGCCUACAACUCACCAGCAACAUAUACCUGGUCGUGAACAUGAGGGGGAAAGAAUUGACACAAGCCUGCCACCAAAACCUGACAAGAGACUGGUUCCUCCAAUCCAAACCAACAAGCCUGACCAAAAACAAAAACCCAAUAAAGGGCCAGAAAGUGGAGAAAACUUCAAACCAGAUCAGAGGCCUGCAACUGACAAGCAACUUACACCUGUACAUGAACGUACAGAUAAAAGAACUGACACAGACCUGCCACCAAAACCUGACAAGAAAGUGGUUCAUCCAACCCAAACCAACAAGCCUGACCAAAAGCAAAAACCAGACAAAGGAUCAGAAGGGCCUACCUUCGACCAAAACUUCACACCUGUUCAUGAACACGAAGAGGAAAGAAGUGAAACAACAAGCCUGACACCAAAACCUGACAAGAAAAUGGCUCCUCCAACCCAAACCAACAAGCCUGACCAUAAACAAAAACCAAGUAAAACGCAAGACAGUGGAGAAAACCUCAAACAAGAUCAGAGACCUACAACUGACCAGCAACAUAUACCUGGUCGUGAACAUGAAGAGGAAAUAAUUUACACAGACCUGACACCAAAACCUGACAAGAAACUGGUUCAUCCAACUCAAACCAACAAGCCUGACCAAAAACGAAAACCUAACGAAGUGCCAGAAAGUGGAGAAAACCCCAAACCAGGUCAAAGGCCUUCAACUCACCAGCAACAUAUACCUGGUCGUGAACAUGAGGGGGAAAGAAUUGACACAAGCCUGCCGUCAAAACCUGACAAGGGACUGGUUCCUCCAAUCCAAACCAACAAGCCUGACCAAAAACAGAAACCAAACAAAGGACUGCCAGAAAGUGGAGAAAACCCCAAACCAGGUCAAAGGCCGGCAACUCACCAGCAACAUACUCCUGGUCGUGAACAUGCGGGGAAAAGAAUUGACACAAGCCUGCCACCAAAACCUGACAAAAGACUGCUUCCUCCAAUCCAAACCGACAAGCCUGAUCAAAAACAAAAACCCAAUAAAGGGCCAGAAAGUGGAGAAAACCUCAAACCAGAUCAGAGGCCUACAACUGACGAGCAACUUACACCUGUACAUGAACGUACAGAGGAAAGAACUGACACAGACCUGACACCAAAACCUGACAAGAAACUGGUUCAUCCAACCCAUACCAACAAGCCUGACCAAAAGCAAAAACCCAACAAAGGACCAGAAGGGCCUACCUUCGACCAAACAUUCACACCUGUUCAUGAACACGAAGAGGAAAGAAGUACAACAACAAGACUGACACCAAAAUCUAAUAAGAAAGUGGUUCCUCCAACCAAAACUGACAAGCCUGACCAAAAACAGAAACCCAACAAAGAGCCAGCAACUGGAGAAAAACCCAAACCAGAUCAAAUGUCUACAACUGACCAGCAACAUAUACCUGGUCGUGAACAUGAGGAGGAAAGAACUGACACAAGCCUGCAACCAAAACCUGACAAGAGACUGGUCCCUCCAAUCCAAACCAACAAGCCUGACCAAAAGCAGAAACCCAACAAAGGACUGCCAGAAAGUGGAGAUAACCAAAAGCCAGGUCAAAUGCCUACAUUAGACCAAAAUUUAACAUCUGUUCAUGGACAGGAAAGUGAACAGGAAAUAACUGAUACAACAAACCUGACACCAAAACCUGACAGGAGACUGGUUCAUCCAACCAAAACUGACAAGCCUGACCAAAAACAAAAACCUAACGAAGUGCCAGAAAGUGGAGAAAACGCCAAACCAGGUCAAAGGCCAACAACUCACCAGCAACAUACUUCUGGUCAUGAACAUGAGGGCGAAGGAAGUGACACAAGCCUGCCACCAAAACCUGACAAGAGACUGGUUCAUCCAACCCAAACCGACAAGCCUGACCAAAAACAAAAACCCAAAAAAGGGCAAGAUAGUGGAGAAAACCUCAAACCAGAUCAGAGGCCUGCAACUGACAAACAACAUUCACCUGUAAAUGAACGUACAGAGGAAAGAAUUGACACAGACCUGACAUCAAAACCUGACAAGAAACUGGCUCAUCCAACCCAAACCAAAAAGCCUGACCAAAAACAAAAACCCAACAAAGGACCAGAGGAGCCUACUUUUGACCAAAACUUCACACCUGUUCAUGAACAUGAAGAGGAAAGAAGUGAAACGACAAGACUGACACCAAAACCUGACAAGGAAAUGGCUCCUCAAACCCAAACCGACAAGCCUGACCAAAAACAGAAACCCAACAAAGAGCCAGCAAGUGGAGAAAAACCCAAACCAGGUCAAAUGUCUACAACUGACCAGCAACAUACUCCUGGCCGUGAACAUGAGGGCGAAGGAAUUGACACAAGCCUGCCACCAAAACCUGACAAGAGACUGGUUCCUCCAAUCCAAACCAACAAGCCUGACCAAAAACAGACACCCAACAAAGAGCCAUCAGGUGGAGAAAAACCCAAACCAGGUCAAAUGUCUACAACUGACCAGCAACAUACUCCUGGCCGUGAACAUGAGGGCGAAGGAAUUGACACAAGCCUGCCACCAAAACCUGACAAGAGACUGGUUCAUCCAACCCAAACCGACAAGCCUGAUCAAAAACAAAAACCCAAUAAAGGGCAAGAUAGUGGAGAAAACCUCAAACCAGAUCAGAGGCCUGCAACUGACAAACAACAUUCACCUGUAAAUGAACGUACAGAGGAAAGAAUUGACACAGACCUGACAUCAAAACCUGACAAGAAAGUGGUUCAUCCAACCCAAACCAAAAAGCCUGAUCAAAAACAAAAACCCAACAAAGGACCAGAGGAGCCUACUUUUGACCAAAAUCUCACACCUGUCCAUGAACAUGAAGAGGAAAGAAGUGAAACGACAAGACUGACACCAAAACCUGACAAGGAAAUGGCUCCUCAAACCCAAACCGACAAGCCUGACCAAAAACAGAAACCCAACAAAGAGCCAGCAAGUGGAGAAAAACCCAAACCAGGUCAAAUGCCUACAACUGACCAGCAACAUACUCCUGGCCGUGAACAUGAGGGCGAAGGAAUUGACACAAGCCUGCCACCAAAACCUGACAAGAGACUGGUUCCUCCAAUCCAAACCAACAAGCCUGACCAAAAACAGAAACCCAACAAAGAGCCAUCAGGUGGAGAAAAACCCAAACCAGGUCAAAUGUCUACAACUCACCAGCAACAUACUCCUGGCCGUGAACAUGAGGGCGAAGGAAUUGACACAAGCCUGCCACCAAAACCUGACAAAAGACUGGUUCAUCCAACCCAAACCGACAAGCCUGAUCAAAAACAAAAACCCAAUAAAGGGCAAGAUAGUGGAGAAAACCUCAAACCAGAUCAGAGGCCUGCAACUGACAAACAACAUUCACCUGUAAAUGAACGUACAGAAGAAAGAAUUGAUUCAGACCUGACAUCAAAACCUGACAAGAAAGUGGUUCAUCCAACCCAAACCAAAAAGCCUGAUCAAAAACAAAAACCCAACAAAGGACCAGAGGAGCCUACUUUUGACCAAAACUUCACACCUGUUCAUGAACUUGAAGAGGAAAGAAGUGAAACGACAAGACUGACACCCAAACCUGACAAGAAAAUGGUUCCUCCAACCCAAACCGACAAGCCUGACCAAAAACAGAAACCCAACAAAGGGCCAGAAAGUGGAGAAAAACCCAAACCAGGUCAAAUGCCUACAACUCACCAGCAACAUACUCCUAGUCGUGAACAUGAGGGGGAAAGAAUUGACACAAGCCUGCAACCAAACCCUGACAAGAGACUGGUUCCUCCAACCCAAACCGACAAGCCUGACCAAAAACAGAAACCCAAUGAAGUGCCAGAAAGUGGAGAAAAACCUAAAACAGGUCAAAGGCCUACAACUCACCAGCAACAUAUACCUGGUCGUGACCAUGAGGAGGAAAGAAUUGACACAGACCUGACAUCAAAACCUGACAAGAAAGUGGUUCAUCCAAUCCAAACCAAAAAGCCUGACCAAAAACAGAAACCCAACAAAGGACUGCCAGAAAGUGGAGAUAACCAGAAACCAGGUCAAAUGCCUACAUUAGAUCGAAAUUUAACACUUGUUCACGAAUGGGAAAGUGGACAGGAAAUAACUGAUACAUCAAACCUGACACCAAAACCUGACAAGAGACUGGUUCAUCCAAUCCAAACCAACAAGCCUGACCAAAAACAAAAACCCAACGAAGAGCCAGAAAGUGGAGAAAAACCCAAACCAGGUCAAAUGUCUACAACUGACCAGCAACAUACUCCUGGUCAUGAACAUGAGGGCGAAGGAAGUGACACAAGCCUGCCACCAAAACCUGACAAGAGACUGGUUCAUCCAACCCAAACCAACAAGCCUGACCAAAAACAGAAACCUAACAAAGGACCAGAGGGACCUACUUUUGACCAAAACUUCACACCUGUUCAUGAACUUGAAGAGGAAAGAAGUGGAAUAACAAGACUGACACCAAAACCUGACAAGAAAAUGGCUCCUCCAACCCAAACCGACAAGCCUGACCAAAAACAAAAACCCAACAAACAGCCAGAAAGCAGAGAAAAACCCAAACCAGGUCAAAUUCCUACAACUCACCAGCAACAUACUCCUAGUAGUGAACAUGAGGGGGAAAGAACUGACACAAGCCUGCCACCAAAACCUGACAAGAGACUGGUUCCUCCAAUCCAAACCAACAAGCCUGACCAAAAACAAAAACCCAAUAAAGGACGAGAAAGUGGAGAAAACCUCAAACCAGAUCAGAGGCCUGCAACUGACAAGCAACAUACACCUGUACGUGAACGUACAGAGGAAAGCACUGACACAAGCCUGCCACCAAAACCUGACAAGAAACUGGUUCCUCCAGCCCACACCGCCAAGCCUGACCAAAAACAAAUAAUCAACAAAGAGCCAGAAAAAGGAGAAAACCCAAAACCAGAUCAAAGGCCUACCUUUAACCCAAAUUUGACACCUGUUCGUGAAAUGGAAAAAAGUGAAAUGACAAACCUCACACCAACACAUGACCAAAGACCUUUAACUGACACAGUAAAGAGCUCUGAUGGGGAUCCUUUGAUUGACACAACAGCUAUCCAGUAUUCCACACCAGGACAAACACUUGACCAUGCCUCGAUCAAACCACCUAAUCAGAAGCCUAAACCUGGUCAGAACACCCCAAAAAUAAACCAAAAGCUUAAACCUGGCCAAGUGUCUAGACCAAACCAGAAACAUCCAAAACUUGUACCAGGACAAAAGACUAAACCAGUCAUGAAGCCUAAACCUGAUCAAACCCAAAUCAACAAAAGGCCUAAGACAUCUUCACCUGAACAAUUGCCACAUGUUGACACCAACUCGGCGCCUAAAGGAAAAACUGAAGCAGAAAUCAACAAAACAUUGAUAUCAAGGCCUCCCCCAAGACACAAGAUGCCAAUCAGGCCUAAAUUUAAGCCAGGAGAAACACCUGCGCAAAGGCCAAAACUAACUAGUCUACAGAUCAAAACAGAUGUAGCUCCUUCUCAAACCACUUCUACUACAGAGGACAUCCAAAACUCUGAAACUGAUACGCCUCAUUUCCCAGAGGAUGCAGAGUUCAAACCAAAGAAUCAACACUACAACAUGCAAACUGUCUCUCGGGGUCCAAAGACCUCCAAAAACCUUGAGACUAGACCCUCCCCUCGUCUUCGUGCUCAUCCUGAUGGAUUCACCAUGAGCCCAAACAGCAGGAUUACAUCUGAUCUAGGGCCACCAACUGUUAGCCAACCACCAUCCAUUCCAGUGACAACACCUAACAAAAUUAUGCGUAGCAUCCUCCAGAGUGUUGUUCCCGGUCCAGUAUCUGCUAAGCCAAAACAAACUUCACACACUGAGCCCAGCCUUCAUGUUCACAAUGCACAAGAAACAGCACUCAGGCCAACUCCAGAUCCAGACAAAACUAUGGUUCCAGUCCCUUCCCCCAUCACCCAAACUACUUCCACAGCCUCCCCGGACCUCAGGUCAACAACCCCGGCCACCUCUGGCCCCGAGCCCUCGGUCGUUGAGUCUUCCACCCCCAGUUCAAGGGAGCUGCGAGUAAAGAUCAACCAGGUGGCAGCUUUUCUCAAUAACAGCCUGAGUCCAAGUAAAAGUCCACCAGAUAGGCAUCAAAAAGAGCUCCCAGAGGACAUCAGCAAGCCUGACACCAAUCUCCCAAAGAAGAUAUCAUCUAAAGGAACAAAUGUGAGGAGAGACUGCUCAGACUACAAGCUCAGGGGGGAGACAAAAAGUGGGGUGUACUUGGUGACCCCUGACCUCCGCAGCAGGAGCUUCCCAGCCUUCUGUGACAUGGAGCUAAAGGGUGGAGGCUGGACGCUCCUGCAGCGCCGACAGGAUGGCAGCGUGAGCUUCAACCGCACCUGGGCGGAGUACCGAGCAGGUUUUGGGAAGCUGGAUGGGGGAGAGUUCUGGCUGGGCAACAACAUGAUCCACCUGCUGACUCGGGACAGGGACAUGGUGCUGCGGGUGGAGCUGGAGGACUUUGAUGGGGUGAUGGCGUUUGCAGAGUACGAUCAUUUUGAGGUGGCAAGUGAACGGAUGCAGUACAGACUGUCAGUAGGCAGGUACUCAGGUACUGCAGGUGAUGCUCUGCGCUUCAGUAAAUUCUAUGACCACAACAACAGGGCGUUCACCACCCCAGAUAGGGACCAUGACAGGUAUCCAUCUGGGAACUGUGGGGCCUACUACAGCUCUGGGUGGUGGUUUGAUGCCUGCAUGGCUGCAAACCUGAACGGGAGAUAUUAUGUUGGGAAGUAUAAGGGUGUUCGGGAUGGGAUUUUCUGGGGGACAUGGCAUAACAUAUCAACAGAGUAUUACCCCACCAAUGACAGACAGUCUUUUAAAGCUGUCAGGAUGAUGAUACGGCCAAAAGGCUUUGCAUCAUGAGCUGGAACUCUGACAUGCAAGAUAAACACAAAGGGUCUUAUUUUUGCCAAGAAGCUCUUACAUGCUGCUUACAGUUAAACCCAGUAUACUACACUAUCCAUGCAAAUAUUAACUGCUGACACGAUACUGAUGUCUUACGGUGAUUAUGUGAUAUUGUUUUGUUUAUAUGACAAUAACUGAAGGUGUAUAUAGUUAAGAGGUUAAUGUCCCAAUUUCAUAUCCAUUUUAAUAGCCUUUAUAUAUAUUUAUAUUUCACAAGAUUUUUUGGUGGAAUUUGUCCCCGGACAAAAAAGGAAAAUCCUCAAGUAAAAAGUCAUUUUUCACUGAGGGCGAUCUGAACUGGAUACGUGGCAACAAAGACUGGGACUUUUAUUUCAGGACUGAUAUUCAGUUGAUGGUUGACUGAAGAUAUCUGGGUUGUUUUAUAAUCAUGAUUGUUUUGUCAAGAUAAAUAAAAGUAAUGGGUACAUCA